AUGAGAAUCCUCAAGAUCAAAGCCCACACAUAUCUGUUGUGUUUAAUCAAUCGCAACAGGGACAUUAACUUCCUAUCUCAUGUCUCUACGGGUUCUCAGCACAGAACUGACAAUGAGCUCCAUUCUUCUGAACUUGAAGCCUCUGCUUCACCUUCCUUGAAUAAUCAAGUUACCAUCACAUCACUCGGCACGAUACAGGAGUCAUGCCUGCUCAAGUACUUCAUUGAGGAGAUAUCCCCAUGGUUUGAUCAUUGCGACGACCUGCAUCAUUUCCAGUUGGUGGUACCUCGUCGUGCACGACACUGUUCGACACUUCUAAAUGCUAUCUGCGCCGUGGCAGCCCUCCACCUCAGUCGUCUUUCGAAGUACAAGACCUCACAGGGUGUUUUAUAUUGCGGACAAUUCCUUCCCAAUUUAACUCAGUCCAGCGCACUCGAAUACAUGUUGAAGUGCAUACCAGAUCUAAUUCGCUUUCCGGAAAUACAAGAUCCGAUACAUCAGGAGAAUAUCAUGGCAGCAACUGUUAUACUACGACAAUAUGAAGAGAUGGAAGAAGAGCUAGAUGGGGCUAAUACUGAGGAAGGCUUUUAUGCGAAUGGGCGACUCAACUUCCUGGCGAUCACGCACACAAUCAUAGAUUCAAUGAUCGCAUCGCCUCUUGAUCAGCCAUUGGCAACCGCGGCAUACUGGAUCACUGUUCGACAGGAGAUUUAUUAUGCUCUAACAAGGGAGGCUACUCCCUACUUGCGUUUCGAUGCGGACCUCUGGCAAAAUCCUUCGGUCGCUAGUAACAUGAUACUAUUUACUGGUCAAGUUGCUAAGUGGCGUUGGGGUCAGCAACUACCAGAUGAAUGGGGCAAAUCAGCCCGGCUUAAGAUUGUAGAACAAGAACUUAUUCAAAAUUCAAUCGGAGAGCUUGAGCCAAUUCUCGACCUUCCAGCUGAUCGGCGAAAGGGAGAAGUAUUUCCAACUAUUUGGUACAGCCUUGACGUACAAGUGACGGCGAUUCAACAUUUUCGGCUAGCUCAGAUGAUCUUAACAGCUGAAAAUCCACAUCUAGAGGGCGCAGCACGGCCUGUGCAUCGGAAAACGGAGGCUCAAGUGCGAUCGAUCGUUUUAUGCAUAUGUGGGAUCGGACUACAACACUCUCGAGUGCAGCCUGCGCUGCUCAAUGCCGUCAUUGCGAUUACAUUAUACGGCGAAUAUUUUACCGAUCCGAUGGAGCGAGAAGCUUUGGUAGAUAUUAUUAAGCGAGCCAGAGAUUUUGAUGCUUGGCCAAUGUCGAAGCCUUACCAGACUCUUCAGCACCGAUGGGAUAUCAUGGACAGUGCAGAAGUAUGA